CAGUAUGAGUCUAUCUACUUCUCUUGCGGCCACAGCAGGCCUCGUCUGAUCAAGCACUGCCACUUUGCACGCAACGACCCGAAUCACCAAUGCUUCGGAGCGUGGAGCAUUAAGCGCGAAUGGACCAAUCCCCACGAGAACUGCGACAUCUGU